AUGAGACUAAGAUUGGGUCUACUAAAUGAAGAUUUGGCAGGUCGUUUUGACAUAUCAUGCACAUUAUGCUCCCAAACUUUUCAAAUAUGGAUACGAUUUCUGAGUGCCACUUUGUGUAAUGCACUGGUAAAAUGGAUACCGAAAGAAGCUGUGUUAGAGCACAUGCCAACAGUGUUUAAAGAUUGUGUUGAAUCUUUCAUUGAAAGAUCCAAAUCCCUUGAAGCACAAACCCUGACUUGGUCAGAUUAUAAACACCAUAAUACCAUUAAAUUCCUUAUUGACAUUUCCCCAACAGGUUACAUAACCUAUUUAUCUUCUUGCUAUGGUGGAAGGGCUUCAGACAAAUUCAUUUGUAAUGACAGUGGCUUCUUUGAAUUGUUGGAGCAUGGUGACGAGGUCAUGGCUGACCGAGGAUUUCAGAUUACAGAGGAAUUAAUGAUGCGACAUUGUCGACUUGUUGUACCACCUGGUACACGAAUGAAAUCUCAGAUGACAUUUGCAGAAUGCAGUAAGACAAAAACGGUGGCAAACCUCAGGAUUCACGUGGAAAGAGCAAUUCGUAGAAUUAGGACAUUCAGGAUUCUCUUGACUGUUAUACCUAUCUCAAUGCUUCAUCACGUUGAUGACAUUGUUUUUACUUGUGCCACUUUAUGUAAUUUAAAACCAUUGUUGAUUCAAGAAAAAAAGAAGGGAAAUACCUUGAUGGUCUAG